CAACAUGGCGCCGAUGUUAGUGCCGCUGAAAUGCGGCUUUCACUUUCAAAAAAGAAAACUAGCGCUCCUUCUUCGACAGACGAGCUCGUAUCAUGUUUGGAGUAAGAGUCGCAGUGAGAAUGGGACAGAACAUAAACGCCACAGUACAUAUCUGCUGAGUUAUCCCCCACACCUACGGACAGCUACAUGGAACACAAGCAGGACGGAAAACAGCCGGCGGAUUUUGGAGGCAGCAAAACAUUUGCAGAUCACAGACAAAAGAACAUGUUGGCAUGGAAAUGCAGGAGCAGGGCUGAGUGCAGAUCCCAAAAAUGUGCUGAAGGAAGUGAAUUCAUCCCAGAUCCUGACUGCGAUGCUGUCCUAUGUGUGGCCAAAGGAUAGACCAGACCUGCGGGCCCGUGUUGUCAUCUCUCUGGGCCUGCUUGCAGGAGCUAAGAUCACCAAUGUAAUGGUGCCCUUCAUGUUUAAGUAUGCAGUGGACGAGCUUAACCAGAUGUCGGGACACAUGCUGAACCUGAAUGACGCGCCAAGCACUGUGGCUACCAUGGCAACGGCCGUGAUGAUUGGCUAUGGCGCGUCACGGGCCUGCGCAGCCCUCUUCAAUGAGCUGAGGAACACUGUGUUCGGCAAGGUGGCCCAGAGCUCCAUCCGACGCAUCGCCAAGAACGUCUUCCUUCACUUGCACAAUCUGGAUCUGGGUUUCCAUCUCAGUCGCCAAACAGGAGCGCUGUCCAAGGCCAUUGACCGGGGCACUCGGGGCAUCUCAUUUGUCCUCAGUGCACUUAUCUUCAAUUUAGGACCCACAAUCUUCGAGAUGGGACUUGUCAGUGCAAUUUUGUAUUACAAAUGUGGUGGGCAGUUUGCAGCAGUGGCCUUGGGUACCUUAUCAGCAUACACACUCUUCACCAUUCUACUCACUCAGUGGAGGACUCGUUUCAGGAUAGAGAUGAACAAAGCAGACAAUGAAGCUGGAAACGCAGCUAUCGACUCUCUCCUUAACUACGAGACUGUGAAGUACUUCAACAAUGAGAAGUAUGAAGCUGAAAGGUAUGAUGGAUACCUGAAGAUCUAUGAGUCAUCCUCUUUAAAAACCACGUCCACGCUCGCCAUGCUCAACUUUGGCCAGAGUGCCAUCUUCAGUGUCGGCCUCACUGGCAUCAUGUUGCUCGCCAGCAAGGGCAUCGCUGCAGGUACGAUGACCGUGGGAGACCUGGUGAUGGUGAACGGCCUGCUCUUCCAGCUCUCCCUCCCCCUCAACUUCCUGGGGACCGUGUACAGAGAGACCAGGCAGGCCCUUAUAGACAUGCACACUCUUUUCACCCUGCUCAGUGUCGACACCAAGAUCAAGGAAAAGGAUCUCGCCCUGCCAUUAUCUAUCACACCACAGGAAGCCACCAUACGCUUUGAGGACGUUUAUUUCGAGUACCUGGAGGGCCAGAAAGUCUUAAAUGGAGUGUCCUUCGAAGUGCCUGCUGGGAAGAAGGUGGCCAUCGUCGGUGGCAGCGGGUCAGGGAAGAGCACCAUUGUGCGGCUGUUGUUCCGCUUCUACGAGCCCCAGCGGGGGAACAUCUACAUAGGGGGGCAGAAUAUCCGAGACGUCAGCCUCGACAGCCUGAGGAAGGCUUUGGGGGUCGUACCGCAGGAUGCCGUUCUCUUUCACAACACCAUCUUCUACAACCUGCAGUACGGGAACAUCAACGCCACACCAGAGGAGGUGUACCAAGUGGCGCGUCUAGCAGGCAUCCAUGAUGCUAUCCUCAGGAUGCCCCAUGGCUAUGACACCCAGGUUGGAGAGCGGGGCCUCAAGCUGUCAGGAGGUGAGAAGCAACGUGUCGCCAUCGCCCGCGCAAUCCUGAAGAAUCCACCCGUCCUCCUGUAUGACGAAGCAACAUCCUCCCUCGACUCUAUCACGGAAGAGACCAUCCUUAGUUCAAUGAAGGACAUGGUGAAGGACAGGACAUCAAUGUUCAUCGCCCACAGGCUCUCCACCAUCGUAGACGCAGACGAGAUUAUAGUGCUCAAUGAAGGUAAAGUGGUAGAGCAAGGGGACCACCAGGCCCUCCUCAGCAUUCCCGGCAGCUUGUACGCAGACCUAUGGAACACCCAGAACAGCAAAAUCCUCAACAACAGCAAGGGCUCACCAAAUCCACCAGAGGAGCGCCUCUCCCAGAAAGAGGAGGAGAGGAAAAAACUGCAGCAGGAGAUCCUUAACGGUGUAAAGGGCUGUGGGAACUGCUCCUGUUGAGAGAAGCUGCCUUUCCACGCCUCACCAUCUCUCACAGAUGGCCUACGCUGGAAUCCACUGGAGUCUGUGCAGUAUUGGGGGGGGCGUAUGGGUGCAUCUCUUCUGCCCCCGCCCACUCUGGCCAAGCCCCUACCCAUGUGACCACCCCUCCUCCUACUUCAUGUGAAUAAAGGCCACCACUCGCCAAAGUAAAGGAGGAGGAGCAGAACAGGGAGCAAGUGUGUUUUGCACUGGCGGCUGUCCAGAGAUGGAGCUUGUAUGCCAGUUGCCUCAUCUGAAGCCAAGCGUAAGAGACCUCGUAUAUCACAUAUGUGUGCGUAAGACAUCUGUUAGUCAACAUGGCGCCCCCCCCCUCCUUGUUAUUUUUGACAUCAGGUUUUAUUGACAUCUUCCACUGCACUGGAAACACACGAGUACAUGUAAUGAAAAAUUAAGUAUGCCUUGAUAUUGUUGCAUAAAUUGUAUUGAUUUCACUUUUUAAAAUUAUUUUCAAAUAAACUAUAGUUUGCUAUCUUUUUGUACACUUAAGAUGUGCACAUAUCACAGUUUAUUCUGCAUUUCGGUGAUCUAUUAGGCUAAAUUAUGAGGAUUUUUUUUGCCAUAUAUCGUAAGAGAAACCUUUUUCAUGAAGACUUAAAUGGAAUUUGAUUGUAAAGCACACUGCCCACAUCAGUCUUCUCAAUGCAUGUUCUAAAAAUACCAAAUUUGGCAGAUACUCAAGUCUUCUCGAUGAAUCACAACAUAAUGUGGAUGUUUAGACUCGUGAACAUACAGAACAGCUCCCCAGUGAAUAAGCAGUAUGUCACAGUCACACUGAUAUAAAUAUCACACUCUGAGAAUGACAAGAAGCACCUCUAAUAAAUCAUGAAUGAUUUUCACCACACUUGGAGCCACAUUACGAGGCAACAACUUGAAAGCCUCCUCUGGGAAUAUUUUACAGUCAUGUCGUUUAGCCUCAGUUGACAGACCUCUGCCAUUGAAAGUGUAUUCAUAGAUUUUUUUUAACAGUGAGAAGAAGACAGCGUUUUGGAUUGUAUGAUCUGAAUACAAAGACUUUUUCCUUGAAGAUUUCCUGUACAUGUUAACAAUAAAAAACUGACAGUACAUGCAUGUCCUCAUUUUCUGAGGGCUGAUUUUGCUGAUACACAUUUGUUAGGAACCUUUGUGUGUUGUCAUAUCCAUAAAAGUCUAUUUUGUGUCUUGUUCUAACACUCGAUGUAAACCUGUUUUAAAUAUUCUCGUCUACAUUGGCUGAGUGAGUACACUGUGGACAUGAAUAAAUGUUGAAUUUUGUUUAAAUAA